AAAGGGGUCUCCCUCAGUCAACACUCGCAAAGAAAACGUCUCUGAAACUGCGAACACCAAUCUCUCUCUCUCUCUCUCUAAAAUCUCUAGGGUUUCUCUCUCGCCCAGCUCCUCAGUCUUCGAGUUGUUCGGAUCGGCGAGCUUGCGAAUGCAGAAUGCGAGCGACUUGCAGCUCGAAAGAUUAUAAAGUUCAGUAGCUCCCGUAGACGUUGAACGCGUGAGCCUUUUGGUUUACAGAGUAGAAGAUACAUAUGGCUUCAGCUGGUACGGCACCUGCUGCUUCGGCGGUUAAAAAUCGGGGCGGCAGCGCGAUGUUUGCUGAUAAGUUGCCGGAGGAGAUUAAUGACAUGAAGAUCAAAGAUGAAAAGGAAAUAGAAGCAGCUGUGGUGAAUGGGAAUGGAACUGAAACGGGGCACAUUAUUGUGACUACGAUCGGUGGUCGAAAUGGUCAGCCGAAGCAGACCAUAAGUUACAUGGCAGAGCGUGUUGUUGGACAAGGCUCAUUUGGUAUUGUAUUUCAGGCUAAAUGCCUAGAAACUGGAGAAACUGUUGCAAUCAAGAAGGUUUUGCAAGACAAGAGAUACAAGAACAGAGAAUUGCAAACAAUGCGUCUUCUUGACCAUCCUAAUGUUGUGUCACUCAAACAUUGUUUCUUUUCUACAACGGAUAAGGAUGAGCUCUAUCUAAAUCUCGUGCUUGAGUAUGUACCCGAGACUGUUUAUCGUGUGUCAAAACACUAUAGCAAGGCCAAUCAGAGGAUGCCUAUGCUAUAUGUGAAACUGUAUACUUACCAGAUUUGUCGAGCUCUGGCAUAUAUUCAUGGAGGCAUUGGAGUAUGCCACAGAGACAUUAAGCCGCAGAAUCUCUUGGUUAAUCCCCAUACUCAUCAAGUUAAGCUCUGUGAUUUUGGAAGUGCAAAAGUCCUGGUCAAAGGCGAACCAAACAUAUCAUAUAUUUGCUCUCGUUAUUAUCGAGCACCUGAACUCAUAUUUGGAGCAACUGAAUACAGUACUGCCAUUGACAUAUGGUCUGUCGGUUGUGUUCUCGCUGAACUGCUUCUUGGACAGCCUCUCUUCCCAGGUGAAAGUGGAGUUGAUCAGCUUGUUGAGAUUAUUAAGGUACUGGGCACACCAACUCGUGAGGAAAUCAAAUGUAUGAACCCGAAUUAUACAGAAUUCAAAUUCCCACAAAUCAAGGCUCACCCUUGGCACAAAAUAUUCCACAAGCGCAUGCCUCCAGAAGCAGUAGAUCUUGUGUCAAGACUGCUUCAAUAUUCUCCAAGCCUAAGAUUCACUGCUCUCGAGGUCCUUGUCCACCCAUUUUUUGACCAACUCCGUGAUCCUAGUACUCGUCUUCCUAAUGGACGCCCUUUGCCUCCGCUCUUCAACUUCAAGCCCCAAGAGCUGAAAGGAGCAACUCUCGAGCUUCUGUCCAAACUGGUACCCGAGCAUGCCCGAAAGCAAUGUGCCUUUCUAGGUACCUAGAUAACCCUCGCCAAGACAAAUCCGUGUGUAUCAACCGUACCAUUGUAAUGCACCUCCUUCGCUGUAUUUAUGGUUUUUCGAUCCGGCACAUUACACUACUAAGACUCUGAAGAGUGAAUGGAUCAUGUAUGUACUAAGUUUAUCGACUUAAUUAAUAGAAUCUCUCUCUCUCUCUC